AUAAAGACAGCGCACCACCUCACUCAGCACUCAUAUAUACCAGGAUGGACCCUUCAGGCGUACAUGUUGAAAAGCAUAUCGAAACGCCAGACUUUCAAUACAUUUCGCCAGACAACGUCGCAUCCUCGAUUCAAGAAGUCGUAUUUAGGCGCGGGGGCGUUACGAUCGCGCGAAUUAGUCCAACCCUUCUUGUCAAAUAUGGUGACGAUGUCCACAUCAUUGAAGCCAAAACUCUACGCUACAUCGCUCAAAAUACUUCGAUUCCUGUCCCUCGAGUCUUUGCUGCCUACACACAUGGGCCAUUUGACCGAGACGAGGAAUGGUCCUCGAAGUAUGACACUUACAUCUUCAUGGACUACCUGGACGGCCAGCCGCUGGAUCAAGCAUGGAGUCAACUCAAAGAAAAGGAGAAAUCUACUAUUCUAGCCGAACUAGGCGACUUUAUUGCUCAACUUCGAGCAAUUCCGACCAGCGGCUAUAUCGGGUCCAUUGACCACGGCCCCUUGAGGGAUUCCAUUCUAGAGUACUUCCCCGUCAAAGGACCGUUCGCCUCGGAGCAAGAGUUCAAUACCACCUUAAUAGAUGCGUUCUGCAAAAGCUUUCGAGGCGAGGUCAGGCCAUACUUGACGGGCAUGCUCAAUGCUCACAGCCACAAAAUCGUCUUCACACAUUCUGAUCUACGCCCCGCAAACGUUAUCGUCAAGGGUGGUCACGUCCUUGGAAUCAUCGACUGGGAAAUGGCCGGUUGGUACCCGGAGCAUUGGGAGUUCGUGAAGGCUUUCUAUGUAUGGCGUUGGCAGAAUGACUGGGGCACUCGUCUCCUCGAGAUUAUGCAGCCGUACUACUGCGAGCAGGCUGUUCAUUCCUGGCUCACGCAAGUCCUGUUAUAGUAUCUCUAUAACCCCUUCGUAUUCGAUAACCCAACACAGAACCAAUAUAGUGCUGGUGGAUAACAAAUGAUGGUUCCAUACGUCACUUUCAAUUCCUCCGACCCGACGAAAGCACUACCAUCUAUAUUUCCAGCUUUCUCUGCUUAGAGACUCUCUCCUCACGAACCAAAGCAUUGUAAGGCGAUAAACUUGGAACCUACCAGGUGAGACUACACGUGGCUAGGUAUUCUCUGUAGCACUCAAGCUACCAUCGGAGGAGAUAGGUUGAUUCUCGAAGCACCAGAGCCGCGAACCCGUUUAAAGGGAAGGGCCGAGAGGUGUAAAAAAAAGUGUAAGGAGCGAUAGGAAACUCCGCUCCACUUGGGAGCG